AUGGCUGCAAUCACCCGAAAGACCGUGCUGAUCACGGGCUGCAGUGAGGGAGGGUUAGGAGCGGCCCUGGCGCGCAGCUUCGAACAAGCGGGCUUCCAUGUCUUCGCGACGGUGCGCGACCCGAAGAAAGCCGCCUCGUUGCGAGACGAGCACAUCGAGCUCCUGCCACUGGACGUGACCGCGCCGGACACCAUCCACCGGUGCGCGGAGCAGGUGCGCUCUCGGACGGGUGGGACGCUGGACGUACUCGUGAACAACGCCGGGGCGAUGCUGAUGAGUCCUCUGUUGGAUGCCUCGCUGGCAGAGAGCCGGCAAGUCUUCGAGGUGAACGUCUGGGGGAUGCUGGCCACCACGCAAGUGUUUGCUCCCAUGUUGAUCCGGAGUCAGGGCGGGGUGAUUUUGAACAUCUGUUCCAUUGCUGGGGCCGUCCGGAUGGCCUGGCAGGGGAUCUACAAUAGCUCAAAAGCGGCAGAGACAUGGCUUUUGGAGACGCUGCGGAUUGAGAUGGAGCCCCUGGGCGUGCGGGUCAUUGCGGCCAUGGUCGGCGAGGUCGAAACGAACAUCUACCAGAACGGACUGCGCACUCUCAAACUGCCGGCGGAUUCCUACUAUCGGAGUGUCGAGCACAUUAUCGCGGAUCAGGCGGCCGGAAAGCUGCAGACGAAGAACGAACGCCCCGAGGUGACUGCCCGCAACCUGGUGCGCGACGUCCUCAGCGGCCGCUCGGGCUUCACCUGGCGUGGCGGCGUGGCGGGCACGGCCAGGCUGGCCUCGUGGCUGCUGCCCACGCGGUUCUUUGUAAGUGGUCUUAUGAUACCAUGGGGUGGAAAUCAUGCUGAUAAGCUCUAA